AUGUCCAAACACACCGAAGAACAAAUACAGGAGCCCAUUAAUGAACGGGUUCAAGAAGUGCUUGAUAAAGUUACAAAAACAAGACAUAAUAAAUCCGAUGAGAUAGAUGACGACGAGUUAUUUGAACAAUUAGAGAGCGAUGAUCUUGCAUUGGCGAAUUUUCGUGAACAAAGAAUGGAACAAUUAAAGCAAGAAAUGACAAAGUUACAAGAAAUGCGUCAAAAUGAUCAUGGAUCAUAUGUAGAAAUUGCGAAUGAAAAGGAAAUGCUUAACAUAUCAACAAAUACUAAUUUGUGUGUAGUCCAUUUUUUUCAUAAGGAAUUUCGAAGAUGUCAAAUAAUGGAUAAACAUCUUUCGGUAAUCGCGCAUCGACACUUCAAAACAAAAUUUGUUAAAAUUAAUGUAGAAAAUGCUCCUUUCUUGGUGGAAAAACUUAAAAUUCAAGUAUUACCUUGCAUUAUCGCAUUCGUAGAUGGAAUUUCUGUUGAUCGGAUCGUUGGAUUCGAUGACCUUGGCAACAACGAUAAUUUUACCACUGCAAUUCUGGAAUUUCGCUUAUCUCAAAGUAGUGUGAUUACGAAAUUGGAACCUCCGAAGAAGGAAGAGCCUAAGUCUAUAUUCGGAUUUG